CCGUCGCCACUCCACCUGGACGGAGCUUCGCUGGAGAGCAUGCCUCGCGCCUUCCAACUGCUUCGCCGGCGCCGGCGCCGGCGUCUGCUCCUCCGCCCCUUCCUCCAGAACAAUCUUCUCCGCCUCCAUUGUGCCCUGGCGAACCACCCGGACCCGUAUCCACGCCUUCCCGGCCACCGCGACUUCCGCCCCGCCAGCGACACGCCCGCCGGCCUCGCGGGGUCCGACGAGACGCCGCAGCGCGACGCUGUCGCCUACGCCGCCACGGUCGGCCUUCAACUGAGGCGCGGAGACCUCCCGCGCGCGGAGGAGCUGUUCCGCGCGGCGCCCAGAUCCGCCCGCGGCCACCAUCUGGACGCCGUCAUGCUGGACGGGUACGUGAAGGCCGGCCGGGUCGACCGCGCCCGCAGGCUGUUCGACGGAAUGGCGGAGAAGGGUGUGAUUGCGUGGACUAGCCUGGUCUCCGGGUACUGCCGCGCUGGGCGCGUCGACGAGGCGCGGGCGCUGUUCGACGUGAUGCCGGCACGUAACGUGGUGUCCUGGACGGCGAUGGUGCAGGGGUAUGCACGCCGCGGCAUGCUGAGGGAGGCGAGGGAGCUGUUCGACGCGAUGCCAGAGAGGAACGUGGUCACCUGGACGGUCAUGGUCAAGGCCUACGCUGACUGUGGUCGCGUCGGGGAGGCGAUGGAGUUGUUCGACAGGAUGCCUUGGAGGAACUCGUAUUCCUGGACCGCCAUGAUCUCUGGUUUUCUCCGUGCUGGGAGGGUAGAUGAAGCGGUCCAUCUGUUCGAGAGGAUGCAGGAUAGGGACGUGGUUUCGUGGACUCUGAUGGUCACCGGCUUGGCGCAGAACGGUCGUGUUUCAAUGGCGAGAGAGUUUUUCGACAGAAUGCCGACAAACAAGGACAUCGCGGCAUGGAAUGCCAUGAUCACUGCUUAUGCCAAUGAUUGUCAGAUGGAUGAGGCUCGGAGACUGUUCGACUCAAUGCCCGCAAAGGACCAGGUGAGCUGGAGUAUCCUAAUUGACGGCUAUGUCAAGAGCGAACGCAAGGACGUAGGCGUGGGUUUAUUUCUUCUCAUGCUCCGGUCAGGAGUAUCUCCUAGCAGCACUACAUUAACCAGUGUCUUGGUUACAUCGGAGAGCACAGUUGAAGUUGGGCAAAUCCAUGGCUUGGCCACCACACUAGGGCUCCUGUCUAAAACCUCCUUAGGAAAUGCUCUGCUCACCAUGUACUCGAGGAGUGGCGACCUGCCCUCUGCCUGGAAAGCUUUCAAGAUAUUACAGGAGAAGGAUGCCAUCACAUGGACAUCGAUGAUGCAAGCCUUCGCGAACCAUGGCCGUGCCUCCUGCACGCUGCAGGCCUUCGCACAGAUGCUGCAACACGGACAUGACCCCAGCUCAACCACAUUCACUGCGGCACUGUCAGCCUGCAGCCACGCCGGUCUCAUCGAGAAAGGCAAGGAUAUUUUUAGAUUUAUUCGCCACGCCUACGGGCUUGAGCCGACCAUCGAGCACUGUACCUGCCUCGUCGACAUCCUCGGCCGUGCAGGGCGUGUGAGGGAGGCCAUGGAGGUUGUUGGUGCCAUGCCUCCGGAGAUGCGCGACGAGGCUAUCCUGAGGAGGCUGCUAGGGGUCUGCAUGAUGCACAAUGAGGUGGACGCGGCGAGGGAGGUGGGAGAAGCUCUUGCCAAAUCUGACGAGAACCCCUCAGGUUCAGGUUCAGGUUCAGGAGGCUACUACACUGUUCUGGCCAAUGUUCUUGCAUCGGGUGGACUGUGGGAUGAAAUGGCAGCAGCGUGGAGGGCCAUGAAGGGGAGCAAGGUGAGGAAGACGCCUGGAAUGAGCUGGAUCGUGGUGGAUGCAAGGAGUCAUGUGUUCUUCUCUGGGGAUCAGAUGCAUCCACAGUGUCCAGAGAUAUAUGAGAUGCUGGACGACACCCUUGUACCUCAAAUAAAGAAGGAUAAUGGAAGCUGAUGCAGUUGCAAAACAUGCAGCGGAUCUAUCCGUUUGAUGAACAAACUGGAAAAGUAUGGAAAACUUGCUCAAGGCAACAGAAUGUACUUUUGUAGUCCAUUUCAAGUAUAACAAGGGUUGACUUGUGUGUACUUUGCAGCUCAUUUCAAGUACAACUAGUUAUGAGAAGCUGCAGAAGCUUUGUUAUGCCCACUACGAUUUGAGGUUGAGAAUCCAUUAACAGGAGAUGGAACAUGAAGAGAGGUUAUUUGUUCCAUUCUCCAUGAUUUUGAUGCCACAUUAUUGGAUGAAGAAAACCCGAUGGAUUGGCUAGAGAACUCAAUGAGUGAAGCAAACCCUGUUCUAGAUGGGGGAGAUCACCCAUCUCAGUUUGCUGUUGACGAAAUAAAUAAAAUGGAUGGGUGCUUGAAUAGAAAGCAACGGAAGUUUGCAGCAAAUAAAACAAAGGUCAGGAGGUUCCAGCCUUACAAAAAUUGCUGGUUAUAAGAAAGGCAAGAAGGCACUGCUGAAUGAAGAUGAUGAAUUUGCUGAUACUGGCAGUGAACUGAUACUGGGAAUGGGCUUUAAUUUGGAAAAAAAAAAGUGAAGAAGAAAGGAGUGGCAUAGAGAAGAAGGAGUGAUGGCUAAGAAGAGGGCGCCGGCGAAUAAGGCGGAGAAGGUGAUGGCGUAGAAGAGGCCAAGGGUGAUGAAGGGACACAAAAUACAACUGAACGUUCAAAAAGAGAAGCAGCAUAGACCUAUAUGGUUUCUAUUAUUAACAAACUGUUAGUUGCUGGUGGUGGAGCUGAGCAACUCAGACUAUCCAAGAUGCUCUUGGUGGUUCCAAACAAAUGCGAAAAUGAUCAUUUGCAGCCUUGCAGGCUACAGGAAUAUGUGAAGCACCAGUGUCAUAAUAUGUGGCAGUUAUCACCUUUUUUAGCUUUCAAAGUUUCAUGUAGUGUUAGAGCACAAGUUAUUGUGCAUUUUUCUCAUCUCGUGUGAAUCUUGCUCUGUUCUCUCUGCAGUGAAUCAUCAACCAUCCUCUGUUUUUA